AUGUUGUACAAUGGAGGAAGAAUGGGGAACAAUGCAAGGAAAAUGAGAAAGAAUGAAAGAAAAAUGGGAAUGAGGCAAACCCUAGAGUUUCUCUCUAAAUGUCCCAACCCUCUUUGGAAAAAUCCUUAUUUCUUCAUUUCAUUACCUUUCGAACAAAAUGAAGAUGUUAAUCCUACUAAAGCCACCCAUCCGGGAAUGUCACCUUCUGAUCUUACAUUAGCCAUUGAUGAAUGUGCCCAACUUCUUUCACAAAACCUUAUAGAAUCCACUAAGUCUGAAUGGGCAUGUCAAGCUUUUUAUGUCAAUAAAAGGUCAGAACAAGAGCAAGAAUUUUUUUCUAAGUUUGAUCUUAAAGCAGGCUUUUGGCAAUUAGGCAUCAGAUCAGAGGAAAGAUAUAAAACAGCCUUCUGUAUUCCAAACCAUCAUUAUCAAUGGACAAUCAUGUCAUUUGGUCUUAAGGUUGCUCCUUCCAUUUUCCAAAUGGUCAUAGUCAAAAUUUAUGAGCCUCUUCUUCCAUCAGCGCUCAUUUAUAUUGAUGAUAUUCUAUUAUUUUCUUCUGAUACAUCCAGUCAUGAGAAAUUACUCCAAUAUUUCUUUGACAUCACUAAGCAAUUUGGAGUUAUGUUGUAUCGUACAUCUGUAUAUUGGAAAACUAGAAAUGGAGUAUCUCGGCAUGAAUUUCAAAGAUGGUGCUUAUGGCUUCCUCAAUCGGGAACCAGAAUACUACAGAAAGAUGCCAGUGAUAAAUUUUGGGGUGCUAUUCUGUUAGAAGAACAAGACAGCAAAAAAAGGAUAUGCGCUUAUGCUAGUGGAAAAUUCUCAGACGCAGAGACUCGUUAUCAUUCCACAUUGAAAAAAGUGUUAGCGGUCAAAUAUAGGAUCGAGAAGUUUGAAUAUCAUCUGUAUGAUUUCAUGGUAGAACAUAUUAAAGGAAAUCAGAAUCUUAUUCCAGAUUUUCUCAGCGACCUCCUCAACAAGUGUCACAAGUGA